AUGCGCACCUCAGUCUUUGCUAGUCUAGUGGCCUUCGUCGGCCUCACGGCAGCGGAGGACAUCCUCGACUGCGGUGGUGCUCCCUACUAUCCCUCUCAAUACGUCUGCCACAACGGCAACUUCCUCUGCCCCAUCAUCGCCGGCGAACCCCUCAGCUACUGCAACGGCGCCUGCUACAGCACAUUCAUGUACAGCUGCAACAACGGCGCCCUCAACCAACUCCCCCGCCACGAAGGCGCCUUCACCUUAACGGUGUCCAACCCCAAGAUCGCAGCCCACGGCUGGCCCGUCACGGCAUGCCAGCAGCACCUCUGGAUCGGCGGACAGACCUGCUCGUACUGUCCUGCCGACACGAUUGGACAGGAGAACUGUCCUCCGGGAGACAAGACGGCGCUCUUCGCGCCCAAUGGUCUGGCUGUCUCCGUGCCCGGCGGCCAGCUGUAUUAUCUUGAUCCUUCCUGGUAUGUGGGGUACACUCAGGCGCACUCGGCACUUAUACCCGGAGGUAGCGUCGUGGGCGGGUUUGCUGCGUUUGAAGGUGGUGGUUUCGUGAAUAUCAAUGAGGGCGCUUUGGGCUGGGUUGCGUGCUAUCCUACUGCUUCAGGUGGCGGUGGUGGGAAGUGGACGCUUUAUUCGAGGAAUACGACGAAUCCGGAUAUUAGAGAGGGAUGCUUUGCUGUGAACUUGGCUAUUGCCGCUGCGGAUUCUCCUGCUGCGUGGCAACGAUACGCCCUCAUACUAUACUUCUCCCGAAACGACAUGCCUGACCUGUCUGAUAUGGUUUCGAGGGCGACAGUAGGACUCGAGCCUGAGCAAGUCGAAAGAUUGGUUGUACACCUGCGAGAGUCAGCGCGCGUCGAUCACCAGCGGCGCACCGACCUGAGCAGCCUGGAACCCGAACAUCAUCAGGCUUUCGUUCACGCCCUCAAGAACGUGCUUUCCACAGAACUUGCACUUUUCACAUUUGCGCAAAUCAUCGAUGGACUCCCCACUGCCGAUGUCGGUUGGGAUCGCAGGGGCCACGGCCUUUGGGGAGAUCAUCCAUUGGAGAGUCAUGAAGAGCUGUGUCCCGGCGCGAUGAAGAAAGCGCGUGAGCUGGGGCACUCGUGGGACCCUGAAACGCUCAGGUUCAAUCAGAAGCUUGUUAGCGGGUUCCGGAAAGCAAAAAAGGGCUCCAAGGCGUUUAAUCUACGUCUUAUCGAACUAGUCGCUGUCGCGGUCCACCAACUGGCCGCUACAGUAUUCAAGAUGAACCUCCGGCUCCAUAAAGGCGACGUUGAUAGUGUGGUCCGUUGGGUCCCACACCGGGAAGAAGAGGCCACGGGACACGUCUUGGUAGCUCCCCCAACAAUUUUCUACCACCCCGGCUAUCUCGCCGACGAUAUCUACCCUGAAAAGGUCGCCGAUAUUGUUGGGUACUGGGCCGAGGAUCGCAUUUUCGGCGGUGUCGUCAUCUUCGACCGCAAGGCAGAAGCCGAAGCCAGCGCAAACGGCCAUGACGCGGACAUGCCAAAUGUUUAUCUCCAUGCGUGUCGCCGUAGAGUCACAACUCGAAUCACCCAGCUGCGUGACGACCAGCAGGAUUCCCUUCUUUCGUUCUUUUCCUCCCGGUCACCAUCUUCACAUUCGUGUCCCUUGCCUAUCCUUCUCGAUAAGCAGAAUAGCGUUCGUGUCGAGCCCUACUACGCUACUAUUCAUCACCGCAUCUUUCGCGACGUAUGGGAGCGCAGACCAUUAUCGCGACGUGAGAUUUCUAUCUUGGUCCGGAGGCCAAGGGCUGAGAUCGAUUAUCCUGAAGGACGAGAGCUUCUAGAAUACAUCAACACACUUCCCCUAUCUAGUGGGAAACUCCCCAACUCUCCACCAGAUGAAUACAGCCUCGCCUUUGAUAUUAUUGAGGCUGAUAUUAUCGAGGCUGUCCGCCGUUCGGCGCCAGAGACGGCACCGGAAACCGGUGAGACUCGAACAGGAUUACUGCCCUCGACAUCUACAGGCCCCGACGGCGCGCCCGGGGACAACACAAGUGAAGAGCCCGACUCAAAGAGGCGCAGAGUAGACUGA